AUGGACUCCUGUGACCGUGAGUUCAUGUCUCACUCCUUUUUGUUCUGCGUCCAACUCAGCGGCGAUCACAACCUAGGCUCGCAACUUCCGGCCCUCCACUGGGAGGAGCAGGCCAAGUCCUCCACCCUGCAGUGGCAGGUGCUGAUGCUGCCCCGCCGCCGCCAGGUGGGCCAGGACCUACCCUGCGGCCUUCGCGGUGCCUCCAUCAAGGUCCACGUGGAGGACAAAGAGGAGGUCAAGCCUGUGGGGAGCAUCCGGCCGGAGCCCAGCAUCACCCCGACCUUCAGGCUCUCGGUGGUGUUCGGAGCGGUGCAAGACGAGGGCUGGCCGCCGCUCAAGCACAUGUUUGAGACGAAGAAGAAGAAGGAGGAGGAGGAGGUGCUGAAGCAGAGACCCGAGUACAGGCUGGUGAAGAGGAAGCUCGACUCCUCGGCCAGUCCUGUGGUGCACGAGUUCAGCUGA